AUGGAUAAUCUAGCUAAACUCAGUAACUCAAACCAGUCGACUCCCCUGCAUAAAGCUGCUGCUAAAGCUUGGCUCCACACCGGGACUUGUGAAGUUCUGAUUCGUGCUGGAGCCGAUGUCACAGCCACAGAUAAGGAGGGGAAGACUCCCUUGGAUUAUGUAAGGGAUCCGGAGAUUCAACGGCACUGGAAGAACCUGGACAAACAGGUGAAACAAGAGAAGUCCUACCACGAGUUGAUGCAGCAGUCAGGCGGGGUGAAGGUCAACAGGUUUAAGGUGUUCAUUGGAGGGAAUGAGACAACUGGGAAGUCCACUCUGAAACAAAGUCUCACAAAGGGCCUGUUGUCUGCACUGAUCCAAAGACUCUCCCGAAGGUCAGUGGAGGCACCUUAUAACCCCACCCCAGGGGUGGAUAUUGGAACGUUCCAUGUUCCGGGGGUGGGAGAGGUCAGCGUGUGGGAUUUUGCUGGGCAGGCGGAGUACGCGGUAACCCACAGCAUGUUCAUGGAUGCAGAGAACACCGUUUUCAUUGUGCUGUACAACAUCACGGACAAUAAAAAGACCCGAGAACAACAGGUUACCUGGUGGUUGUGUUUCAUCAAGGCCUGCAACCCAAACCGGCAGCCUGACGUCAUCUUGGUCGCCAGUAAUGCGGAUCAGGUGGAUCCCACAAUAGGACAGGACCGAGCGGCCCUUGUUGUUCAGACGAUGCAAACAGAGUUCAAAGACCACCUCCGUAUCUCAGAUGAAGUGAUCGUGAUGGACUGUAGGAGGACCCGGACGCCUGAGAUGGACCGACUCAAGUCCCUUCUGGUCAGAAUAGGAGCGGCAUUGAUUCAACACCAACGCAACAUGCCCAAGCUGUGUGCAAAGAUCAUGAAGCAUCUACCAAAGUGGUGCAAGAGUAAAACCAGCACUAAUUGUCCAGUAUUAAUGUGGCCAGACUUCGUGAAGGAAGUCAAGGAGCUUGACAGAUUUGUGACCGAGGACUUCCUCAAGAAAUCUUCAAGAUUCUUGCACCAUCUGGCAGAGAUUCUAUUCAUCACUCCGGCCACUUCUGACUCCAUCAUUGUCUUGAAGCCCAACUGGCUCGGCACGGGUGUCUUUGGUCGAGUCAUGGCACCAGACUACUUUGACAACCACCUAAACAGAACAAGUGAGGACUUCGUCACCAGAGAGGAGCUACAGCGUGUCUUCCAAGACGUUGCUGACGUGGAUCUGGUGAUCACCCUGCUGCAAGAGUUCCAGCUCUGCCACACCUUUGACGAUGAGACCUAUAUCAUCCCAGGGUUGCUGAAGCAAAACAUGCCCGACAAGGUGUGGAAACCAACGACAGAACAAAAGGUGAUCUACUUCGGGAAGCAAGUCCAGUGUGCCGACAAAACCGAUAUGUUCUCAUCUGGGUUCUUUCCCCGAGUGCAAACCUGCCUGAUGAGGGAGCUGAAGUAUCGCCCGUCGCUCUGGAGAGAUGGUGCCAAAAGUGCGGACAGGAAUGUGGAAGGUCUUAUCAAACUCUCUCCGGACAGCCGUGCAGUCAACAUCUGUGUCCGGAGUGUGCAGGGUGACAAGGUGAAGUGUGGCAAAAUGCUGCAGCAGCUGGAGAACAUCGUCGCUGAUGCCACAGUCCAGGGACAGUAA